AGGCUCAUGUAAUGGCUUUGUUUUACUUCUGAAUAAAUAGUUUUGAUUGAAAGAUGAAAGUAUCUUGUGAAUUUCUAUAAAAUGUAGGAACAGAGGAAAGAUGGAGAAAUUACUGAAUGCUCCAGAUUCUGACCCAUUUCAAAAACAUUGAAGGUACUUUAAUUGCAUUUUCACAACUUCUGUUAAACGUUAUAUUCUGUUAUAAACAUAAUUGAUUACUGUUGGAUCUAUUAAUAGUGGCUGCAAAAAUCACUUUUUCUCACAUUGUAAAAUAUUAAUAUCUUAACAAAUUUUAUUCUUUGGGGACUGACGUUAGACUACUCUCUCCCCUAAGUAAGCCUACAAUAACAUCUGUAUAGAAGAGAACGGCAUUGCCAAAAUAUACUUGUAUUUUCCAAGAUGGAAUAAACACUAGUCUCUCAAAUACACAAAACCCCCACAAAGCACAAACCCUAAAUAUUUCUGAUUACUGUAAAGCAGGGGAUAUCUACUUUCAUGCUAAUUACUGGCAAGUACCUUCGCAGAAUGAAAAUACCUGAAAGGGAGAGCAUUUGGUACUUACCAUUUAGGCACCUGAAGGCAGAGAGUCAAACCUGGCAUAAAGGCAGGCAGAUUUAGUGCAGUCAUUAGCACGUUUCCACUUAAAAAGUUUAACUUGUGAAGAUUCUUACAGGGUCCCUUGAUUUAAGGGAUAAUCAAAUGUUUCAGUAUCUUAAAUCCAUGGCAGAGGCUUAAUUUACCUAUAAAAUCUAGUUACAUCAGUUCAGUAAUGGAACUGAAAAUUCUCUGGGAUAAAAGGUAAAUGGGAGAGAGUGAAUUUUUAUUGCUUACCUUAAGACAUUUUUAUUGCCUUUAUAAAAGAGUCAUGCCAGGUACUGACCCUGUGAAGAGAGGCACCAAAGGAAAGCUGCCCCUUCCUUCUGUUCCCCAACUCUAGAUUGGGAAAAUAAAACAUGGGCUGUAUCUUCAAAGGUAUGUAAAAGCUCACAAAGGUGCCCAUAAGCAUCCUGUUGGAUUUCCAAAGGGACUUAAGCAAACGAGGUACCUCAGUUGUUUGAAAUAUAUUUUGAGAAUAAUCAAGCAUACUUGGUAUUCCACAACAUUUUUGGAAGCUGUCUAAAUACCAUUUAUUAUAACAAGCCACUAUAGCAAUUCUUGUCAACCCAUAUUAGGUUCACAUUUCUACUUCCUCAAUUGCUUAAACUAUCAAGCUGAGUUGUAUUGCCUGUGCUUGAGAAUUUAAGCGUAAAUGCUGAGGUUAGCUGGAAACGUAAAUAAGACCAAACCUCAAGUCUCAGUUCUGCUUCAGAUAGAGCAGGAUUUAUAUGUCCUUUCAGCAACGUUUUUUUUACCAUUAAAGUUAGUACUACACAGCUGAACCACAGUGAAGAGUAGGUUGCUUCCUCACACUUGUCAGGACAAUUGAAACAAUGAAUUUGGUACAGGAAAAGUCAGCCUCAAUUGGGAGCAGGUUUGUCACCCUGUGUCCUUUCUUCUUGCUGAAGUGGAUUCUAACGGUCCUAUUUGCAGGUGUCUCGGUCUUGGGAUCUCCAGUGAAAGGCGUGGUGGGUCAGGAUGUCACUUUGUCCUGCCGCUACAGUGUUAGAAUAGACAGCGAUCUCACCACGAUGUGCUGGGGCCGGGGCCCCUGUCCUGCUUCUCAGUGUUCAGACCUAAUUCUCUGGACAAAUGGCAGGAGGGUGACACAGCGGCAGGACAACAGAUACCAGUUAUAUGGGAACCUGCUGAGAGGGGACGUGUCCCUCACCAUCCGGAAAGCAAGGGAAGCAGACGCAGGGACAUACUGCUGCCGUGUGGAAAUCCAUGGCUGGUUUAAUGACCAGAAAACCAACGUGGACGUUGUGAUUGAGACAGCAUCAACCACAAUCUCCACUGCAGGCCUUUCAACCCACAGCUCCAAGGACACCUCAGGUGCUUCAACUGCCAGUGGAAUCCUCUCUACCAGCGCAUCAGCAUGGCCUUCUACUGUCAGCAGCUUCCUAAAUGCGUCUGCCUCACUCCCUCCCUCAUCAGUGGCAUACUCCAGUAAGAGAAGGGAAUACAUUAGAAUGGGCAUUGGUGCAUCAGUUCUAGUCAUCCUAGUUGUGGCUAUGGGUAUCUUUGAAUGGUACAUACACUGCAGACGUAGGAGGAGGAAGUUGGCAAGCCCAGUCUCAUUUAGCAGCUCGGGACAGGGAGAGGUCCAGUUCGUCGUGGAACAUGGGAUCCAUCAAAGAGAAAAUAUUUAUUCAAUAAGUUGUUUCUCGGUCUCGGGAUCUCCAGUGAGAGGUGUGGUGGGUCAGGAUGUCACUUUGUCCUGCCGCUACAGUGUUAGAACAGACAGCGAUCUCACCACGAUGUGCUGGGGCCGGGGCCCCUGUCCUGCUUCUCAGUGUUCAGACCUAAUUCUCUGGACAAAUGGCAGGAGGGUGACACAGCGGCAGGACAACAGAUACCAGUUAUAUGGGAACCUGCUGAGAGGGGACGUGUCCCUCACCAUCCGGAAAGCAAGGGAAGCAGACGCAGGGACAUAUUGCUGCCGUGUGGAAAUCCAUGGCUGGUUUAAUGAUCAGAAAACCAACGUGGACAUUGUGAUUGAGAGAGCAUCAACAACGACCUCCACGACAGGCCCUUCCACACACAGCACUGAACGCACCUCAGUUGCUUCAAAUGCCAGUGAAUCAUCCUCUACCAUCUCACUGACGUGGCUAUGGGUUUCCAGCUCAGAAGUCCCUCCAGACAAUACGUCUUCUGUCGUUCAUCAGACAAUGGGGGCAGAUCCCAGCAAGGAUGGCAUAUAUAUUGGAAUCGGCAUCUUUCUGGUUUUUUUAGUCGUCCUAGCUGUUGCUUUCUUUCUCUUGAAAAGACAUUUGCCCAAGAGGCAGAAGCUGAGGAACCUUGUAAGCUCAGUCUCCUUCUCCAGGACAGGACACGAGGGCAUCCGAAAUGCGCUAGAAAGCGAUUUCCAUGCAGAGGAAAAUGUUUACACAAUACACUAAGGACUAAUCACAUGCUUGCCCUUAUACUUUGGCAUUUGCCAGUUACUACAAAGUUAGAAUAAUUUAUGCUGCUCCCUAAACUAUUUGUGCCACUGGCUACUUUGAAGGAUCAUUUCUUAUCCUGAGCAGACAUGGAAGUAGCAAGGUGCAGAGGUUUGCUCAGGUGCUACUCUGCUCACUCCAGGAAAGCAAGAAGAACCAGUGAGGUACAGACUAAGACUUGAUGAGUCUCUUCCAGUUGCAGUGUCCAUCUCGCGUAGUGCAACAAAUCAUCAGUCUCUGAAUCCAUUCCUUUAAUCAUGGGCCAAAUAUAUCCAGCUUUCCAUCCAAUGCAAAUGACCACUUCUUGCAUCUGACCAUUGCCAAGCAGCCGCACACCUGCAAAGGGGAAAGUUGCAAUGUGCUUCCAUAUUUCUCUGUAUCUUUUGACAUGCUUUGUCACUACUGUGAUGUAGACUGCUGGAGUUGGGAGGGCAGCUAGAAACCCUGCCAUGCCAUCUGCAGAGAUGACCAGCUUGUGGCAGCAGUGAUGGGAAUGAUAUGAAGAGGGGUCUGUUGAAGUGAACUUUGCAAUAAACAGAAGUUUCACUG